AUGGACCAGCGCGCCCAGACCACGCUCCAGUACAAGCUCCAGCUGCUCUUUCACAUCAACACCCUGCUGAUACUGAGAAGCACCCUCCUCAAGCAGGGUAAUCCGCAGCUCGAAGGCCUGCCGGCAGAACAAAUAGAUGCCCUACUACGACACUAUGUAAAACGAAUUCACUGCAAUCUACAAUGUAUAUCAAAUAUCAAUCAAGGCAACUAUAAAGCACGUCCUGCAAUACUCGAGCCACCCCCCCUGCCACCUGGAAUCCCCCAGCAGCAAGAUAUUCUUCCAAAACUCUACAUUCUGCUUACCAAAAUGCUCGAGGUUUGGUAG